ACUUAUUUUUAUUUUAACCGAGGGAGGAGUUUUAAAGUUACGAACCAGUAGCGGAAGUUAGGGUUUAUUUAUUUUUCUUGGGGUAACACAAACCAGGUGGACUCCUCCUGCGCACAGCCACAGUUCAGAUUCAGAUGAAGUGGAAAGCUUCUGGGCACAAUUUAGCGUUAGUUCUGAGAUUGAAAUCGCGGUUAAGGUAGUCAUUUCUAAAUUUAGUUAGUCCCUGUCCGUUUUCAUGCCUUUGUGAAUGGGAAUGUAGAUUUUUUUGAAAUCGCAGUUUCUGAGCUACUCACAGUCAUGAGGUUCCACUACUCGAGUGCUUGUAAUAUUGAUUGGGUCACUCUUCCCUGAAGAAAUAAAGGAAAACGUUUUCCUUCUUGGAGAUUCACGGCACUUGAGGAUUAUUAUUUUUUUACUGCGCACUUCAAAUACACUUUAUUUUCUAAAAUUGCGUUCAGAAUAACGGUUCCGAAACUGUUUGCUCAUUGUUUCUUUGUGCCAGCUCACAAAUCAACUCUCAAGUUUGCUAUAGUGACGGCGUUAGGACUAAACCAGUAAAUCUCUCUUCACAAUAGACAGGCGGAAUUCAUAAAAUGCGGCAACAAUAUUUCAGAUGGUUUUCUGAAGUGCGUGUAUCGGCAGUUAACCACGCUACUCCGUUUUCCUUCUUAUACUUAAGAGUGAGUGCGGAUUGACCAGCGUGAGAUUCCGAAUGGGAUUCGGGAAAGCAGUUUAUAAAUCAUCGCUCAUGGUAUGCAUCUCUUUCUCUGCCAGCAAAGUUGGAAACCAAACAGAGAUGUUGCUUCGAAGACUUUGGACGCUCCGCCGCCGGUAUUGCUCCGGACCCUUAUUGCUCCUAGGAGUCGCGGUGUGUCUCUUCUACCAGACUCUGAUGACCGCACGGAGUCGGUUCAAAGGCAAUCCACUUGCGGUUGAUGAGAGCAACAAAUCAAUAAUGACCGCAUCGGCGGCCGAAGUCUCUGAUGAGGUUCUCCUAAACGACCCUGUGAAACUUAUUUCUGUCUUGGAGGAUUUGGAGAGGAAAAGAGAUAUCAAGGGGUGCACUCAAAACCGCUCUAGGCGGGUAAUGCGGGCUGUGGUGUUGACGGGCCAGCACAGUGCCACGGAUACUGAGGUCCAGUUGUACCGUUGGGUCCUGGAGCAACGAGGCUACGAAGUCAGCCUGUCUCGGUACGCAGAGACCAGCGCCGCCCUGAAAUACAAGAAUGGUGGCAGCAAUUGGAAUGUGUUGGUGUGUCUGACUGGCUCUGAGAAGAGCUGCCUGAGAAGAGUGUUCUUCUCCCAUCUUCAUCCACAUCAGAAAGUCAAUAUAAUACCUGGGCUGGUGGAGGCCUUCUCUGAUGUGGGUGGUCUCUGUCACUUCCAGACAGACAGCAGGUUAGCAGGGUUGGCAUUACCCAUUAGUCCAACUGCCUGUGGAUUGGACCGUACUGAGCAUGGAGUUGUUCCUAUCGAGGCUCAGGGUGAUUGGGGCUCAGCUGUUCCCACACUUAACUCGUCAAGGAGCCCAGGCCUGGUUGCCAUGGUGAAUGUUUAUGUCCUGGUCACCUCAGUAACACCACUCACUGUCUUCCUCCAUCACAGCGGCCUGGUCAGAACAAAUGAGAGCACCAACAGCCACACAACUCAGCUUAAGUCCUUUUUCCUGCUACACCUUGGUCCUGGUGCAUCCAAUAAGGCACUUGGUCAUGUGAAAGAGGUCAUAGGUCAAGUGCUAAGGGCAGCAGCAUUGACCAAUGAGGAGCCUAACUCUAAGCACAGGUGUCUGCUGUGUUUCCAGCUGAUGACAUUCACCCUUCAAUUUAGUGGUUCCAUUAUGCCUAUCAUAGUAAAGGCUGAAAUUGAUCUGCACUUUGAGGGGCUGAGAGAACAAGGGUUUGACAGACAGAUCACUAAAGAGUUAAUCCUGGAGGAUGCUCUUCUCUUUCUUCUACCUGCACACAAUGGACUGGGCCAUCCGAAGAGUCCCUUAGACAUGAAGACAGAGCAGAGGUGUUUUUUGCGUCAGUACGGUGGCUGUGAGGGGACAUACGGUCUCUGUCUAACAGAAGACCAGACUCUUCUCCUCAUCCAGUUCCUCUGUCAGCUAAGGACACCAGGGCCAUUUGAAUUGCUUUAUCCCACAGCUUCUCCAGAGCGUUCUUCUACCCAAGACAUCCUGUCUCAAGCUUUCACUACAACAAAAGAAUCUGGUAGUAGGCUGCGUCUUUCGGUACUGCUGGAUAAAGUCUGCUUCUAUUAUAGUAAGCAGGGGUACAGGAGUGAUGAUGCAGAGACACAAACAGAGCAAGACAAAAAUCAACACUUUCCGGGAAACAGAGAACAUUGUGUGGAUCCUCACCUCAAACAACUAUACACAGACCCCCCACUGAUCCUGAGCCCCCCAUUCAAUCCUUCGGUCAAAGAGUACCAUGCUGAGGUCGCCUUUGACGUGGUUACCCUACGCCUCCGCCCCGAGCCCAUCAACUCCGCUUGUCACAUACACCUGGAUGAGCACAGAGGACCUAGAGAGGCAAACUACCCGGUAGGCCUUGGCAACAGCAAAAUCAACAUCCUAGUAACGGACGAGUCAGACAACACAGAGCCUGUCGUCAUGACAAUAUACAUUCUGCAUAUGUACCGCGAGAGCCGACCCAGCCUGCCCAUGUUUGGGGAUCAUGUGAUGUGUGGCUUUGUGCAGGACUGUGGCCUGGUAGUGCAACCGGAUCAGCCCUGUGGAUUGGAGCCUUACUUUGGGCCACAAUCUAUUGGAAACACCCAAGCCCCAACACAACCCUGCAUGUCAGGGGAUGUUCUAGGUCGUUGGGUGGUUCCUUGCCUCAGUUGUGCUGACAAUCGGACCUGUGACUGGAGAGAGGUUGCCUGGCAACCCGAUGGCUGCUACCAUCCUUUUCUGGACUUGCCUCUGCUGCAGGAGUGCAUGAGGGACAAGAAGGUGAUGUUCAUAGGUGACUCCACCAACAGGGGAAUGAUGUACUUCCUGAUGGAGAGGGUCAAUUCUAGCCUGGAGGACUGGGGCAAGGCCCAUGAUAGCCUGGUCUACCACAAUGUCAAUCAGGGACAUACGCACGUCUCCUACUCCUACUACCCCCAAUUCUGGCUAGAGAAGAACCACAGACCCACAUUCCAGAGGGCCUUGGAACAGCUUAUACAGAGUUCGCGACCCCUGGAGAACUCCCACCGGACGGUGUUGGUGGCAGGAGGUGUCCAGUGGCUCAGUGCAAACCAUCUGAGGAUCCUGAAGGAGGUGUUGGAGAGGGAAGAACUACAGAAUAUCAUGGUGGUGGUGAAGUCUCUGGGCAUGGGCUUCCAUCUUCCGGUAGAUGGCAUCCACUCUCUUUCCCCGAGAGGAGUACAGGAACUGUACAAAGAGAACAAGAACAUAAUCACGACCGCAAAGCAGUAUGGGUAUGAAGUCAUAGACACAUUAAUCCUCACAAUGGGCCGCUACAAAGAGUUUCUGCAAGGACGGUGUGCCUGCCAUUUCCAUGAGGUGGAGAAGCUAUCUUUUUCCAAGGCUCCCCUGCAUAGGAAGAUGAAAAUCCUUCAACACUUCCAAGAACCUGGAACCGAAACCAGUGGGAUUAAAACAGGCUUCAGUGAUCAACCUACCCUGCAGGACCAGGACAAAUGGGCGGGGUCUAACUCUUCUACGUAUCACGUGAGAGGAGCGGUGAACCAGGUGUACUCUCACAUCCUGUUGAGCAGACUGUGUAUGAGUGACAUAAAAAAUUAAACCCACCCCUCGUCACCAGCGUAGGUGCAUGUGCACAUAUAAAAGCAUCUCUCCAAAGAAUGAGAUGUAAUUCCAUCUAGGAAGUGCUGGUGAACAGGAGAUUCCUGACUGGUUUGCUGUUAAAUAGACAAUCCCACUGUCUGUCACACAGACCUCCUCUGAUUGACCUACACAAUGGCCCCCCUGUCAGGUGACUAUAACCUAGGUAGAGGUUUCCAGUUGGAUAUUGCUGUGAGACUUUGGAGGCUAUAGGCAUCACAAAAGCCUUUCUCUUGCCAUUGGAGUUUGGAUAUACUAUACUAUUCUGCAUUCCUUCUGCCAAGCAAAAACAAGUAAAACAUGAUUCAGACAAGAAACAUUUUGCAACUGGAUCAUUUUUGGGAAUUGGCUAAUACACCCCAACCACUUUGCUUAUAUACCUCAUCCAUCCACUUUUUCUGUGGAUACCACAAUGUUUUUUUUGUGUCUAUGCCAAAGAUAUGUUAAAAUCUAAGCUAUUGUUUGAGCAACACUACAGUGGGGAGAAGUAUUUGAUACACUGCCAAUUUUGCAGGUUUUCCUACUUA